AAUUUUAGGCUCUCUCUCUCUCUCUCUCUCUGUCUUCCAUAUUUAGACCUGUGUGCACACAUCUAUGCAUGUUCAUGUUAGCAGAUAAUGUAGACGGCUAGCCCAGUGUGUAUCCCCGUGGGUAUGUUCUCUUUAUGUGUAUCUACCUAUGUGAUAUAUGUCUGUGUCUGUGUUUAUCUACAUGUGUUUUAUUUCACAUGUAUAUUCGUGCAGAAGAUUGUGGGAGGAGGGUUUUUUUUAAAGACUUGAUUCGUGUCUUCAGGUAUGUUAUCUGAUUUUUAAAAACAUACGUGACACUUAGAAGGCAUUUUUACAAAAGCUAUUUGUCAACAAGUUAAAAUGCAUAUAUAUUGAGAAUACACUGAUUAUUUCACUGUCAAGGGAAUGUCAAGUAGUAACUAUGUGAUUGGAAUACUAUCAGAUGGAGGGUUUCUGGAAUAGCUACAUGCUUGCUGAUUUUAGAGUGAGAUGGACCCAGCUCUCCGCUUCUGAAACAGUGACUCCAGUUAGCUCUACACAGGUGAGGGUUAAGGACACCCGUAAUUCCUACUUGUGAUCUGACCCAGGUCCCAUCGCUGCCAGCUCUGUGAACUUGGGCAAGAAACAGAGCUGUUUCUGUGCCUCAGUUUCCUCAUAUGUACGAUUAAGAUCAUACCGGCCCUUCCUUUGCAGGGUUGUUGUGAAGAUUCAAUGAGAUAAUUCUUUUAAAGUGCAUAGAAUGAUGCCUGGCAUGUAGUAAGCACUCAAUUAAUGUUAGCUGCUGUCAUUAUGAUUACUAUUAUCAUUAGAUUCAGGGGCAAUUCCAGCCACCCUUCCUGCAGAUACCGAAUCCGGUGUUGGGGGCUCCGGAGAGUAACAGUAGGGAAGAACGUCUGUCCUGAACCGCCUCCCUCGCAAGGCCCCCAUUUUCCUCUCCACCCCGGCCCGCCCAGCCCCAGCCCUGCUUCCUGUGGACGUCAGGCAGUGAAGCUCUUCCCCUCAGGCCUAGAUGAAGGUAGGGUGGGCAAGGAGCAGCCACGGAGCUCGCAGAAGUCAGCGCCGGGCACCCAGGCUGGCGAGGGCACGAGGUAUGGUGCCCCACACACAACGGGGCCUCGUACGUGGCUGCAAGAUAAAUGUUUGUGAAAUGUCACUGAACUUUGAAGAGAUCAGGCGUAGACGGAAAAUGGCUCGAGCUGUAGCUUCACCUUCCUUCUUGUUCUCUCCUCCAAGGUAGCGGGGACUCAUCUCUGGAGAAGGAAUUCCUCGGGGCCCCAGUGGGGCCCUCAGUGAGCACCCCCAACAGCCAGCACUCCUCUCCCAGCCGCUCACUCAGUGGCAGGCUCCCUCCUUGGUCUGUCUCUGUCCUAAACACGCUCCCACCCUCCAGCCAACUCCAUCAAGGUGGAGAUGUACAGCGAUGAGGAGUCGAGCAGACUGCUAGGGCCGGACGAGCGUCUCCUGGAGAAGGAUGACAGUGUGAUCGUGGAGGACUCCUUGUCGGAGCCGCUGGGCUACUGCGAUGGAAGCGGGCCGGAGCCCCACUCCCCCGGUGGCAUCCGCCUGCCCAACGGCAAGCUCAAGUGUGACGUCUGCGGCAUGGUCUGCAUUGGACCCAACGUGCUCAUGGUGCACAAGCGCAGCCACACGGGGGAGAGGCCCUUCCACUGCAACCAGUGCGGCGCCUCCUUCACCCAGAAGGGCAACCUGCUACGCCACAUCAAGCUGCACUCCGGGGAGAAGCCCUUCAAGUGCCCCUUCUGUAACUACGCCUGCCGCAGGCGCGACGCACUCACCGGCCACCUCCGCACACACUCAGUCUCCUCCCCCACGGUGGGCAAGCCCUACAAGUGCAACUACUGCGGCCGGAGCUACAAACAGCAGAGCACCCUGGAGGAGCACAAGGAGCGGUGUCACAACUACCUGCAGAGUCUCAGCACUGAAGCCCAAGCUCUGGCUGGCCAGUCAGGCGAUGAGAUACGGGACCUGGAGAUGGUGCCAGACUCCAUGCUGCACUCGUCCUCUGAGAGGCCAACUUUCAUUGACCGUUUGGCCAACAGCCUCACCAAACGCAAGCGUUCCACCCCCCAGAAGUUUGUAGGUGAGAAGCAGAUGCGCUUCAGCCUCUCGGACCUGCCCUACGAUGUGAACGCGGGCGGCUAUGAGAAGGACGUGGAGCUGGCGGCGCACCACGGCCUGGAGCCUGGCUUCGGGGGGCCUCUGGCCUUCGUGGGGGCCGAACAUCUGCGUCCCCUCCGCCUGCCGCCCACCAACUGCAUCUCAGAACUCACGCCUGUCAUCAGCUCUGUCUACACUCAGAUGCAGCCCCUCCCUAGUCGACUGGAGCUUCCGGGGUCCCGGGAAGCAGGUGAGGGGCCCGAGGAUCUAGCUGACGGAGGUCCCCUCCUCUACCGGGCCCGAGGCCCCCUGACUGACCCCGGGGCCUCCCCCAGCAACGGCUGCCAGGACUCCACAGACACAGAGAGCAACCACGAGGACCGGGUGGGGGGAGUGGUGUCACUGCCUCAGGGCCCCCCACCCCAGCCUCCUCCCACCAUGGUGGUGGGCCGGCCCAGCCCUGCCUACGCCAAAGAGGACCCCAAGCCACAGGAGGGGUUGCUGCGGGGCACCCCAGGCCCCUCCAAGGAAGUGCUCCGGGUGGUGGGUGAGAGCGGCGAGCCGGUGAAGGCCUUCAAGUGCGAGCACUGCCGCAUCCUCUUCCUGGACCACGUCAUGUUCACGAUUCACAUGGGCUGCCACGGCUUCCGAGACCCUUUCGAGUGCAACAUCUGUGGCUACCACAGCCAGGACCGGUACGAAUUCUCUUCCCACAUUGUCCGGGGGGAGCACAAGGUGGGCUAGCGGCCUCCUCCCCCGCCUCAGUGCACCCCCCUCGCCCUGCCUGCAGGAGGCUGGCCUGUCCCCACCAUGGCCCUAGGAGCUGGGCUGUGUAGCCCCCACCACCGGCUCCCUGGCUUCACCCCUGACCCUGACCCGUCCUCACCUGUGCUCCUCCUCCCCCCACUGAUCUAAGCGUUGUGAUGAAACAGGUCUUUUGCUUAUCUUUCUCCUUUUUCUCUUCUCCUUUCAUCCCACCAUACUCACUGAGUUAUUUAUUAAUAUAAUUUGUUGAGUUUUCUUUUGCUUCUUUUUUUUAACUUAUAUCACUUGCCACACCCCCACCCUCCUCCCCAUAGCCCCCUCCACAUCAGGCCUGAUUUUUCUCUUUGCGCUUUCUCCAGCAGCCCCAGGAGUGGGAAGCUCCCCUUAGUGCUGAGAGGCCUCGGGCUUCCUGAUUUAGGUCCUCACCUUUUACCAUACCCGAUGCUUCCGUUUCGAUGCCAACCGCACUCUAUACCCACCUUAGCUCUGUGGCAUUACCUCUGCCCUCCGGGAGCCUGCAGCCUGGGACUCGUGGCCUCUCAUGGCCUCUGACCUUAGGCAGCUUGCACAGCUCCUGAUCAAAUGAAGAAACCCCUCCUUGGGAAGUAGGAGAGGCUGAAGGAAUCCUCCCCAGGCACCCUGGGACUGAGGGUCCUCUUGACAUCCCACCAGGAAUUGGAGUUCCCCAAAGCUCACAUCCGGGAUCUGCCUCUCCAGUGUGAUCUCCCCCCUCUCCUCGAACAGCCCCCAGCACUGCUCUACUCUCUUCACACUGCCCGUCCACUCAGUGGUGGUUUUUCUCUCCUUGGAAUGCCCCAGCUUUAUACUCUCAGGGGCCAAGGCCAGGUCAGCAAUCCUCUGUCUCUGACACGUGUGGAGCCACAGGUGCCUAACUGGGAACCAGGGAAGGGAAUGGGUCAAAAUUCCUCUCUUUCUCUCCCACCUCUCAAACUUCCUCACUCUAGCGACCUACUUGGGCUCUCAGGGGCACCUCUGGCCCCUGUCCUAUGAGAAACUGGUGGGUUGCUGCCUGAUAACAAGGGGGCAUCCUCAGCCCCCCAGUCAUGCUGCCUUCUCCCCCCUAGCAGGAUUCACCCUCUCAUCCCCAGACUCCUGGGCCCUGUUCUUAGGAUCAGUGGCAGGGAGAAAAGGAUGUCUCUUUUCUCUCUCCUAACUCUCAGUAUAACCAAAAAUUCUCCCCAGGAUGAGCAAGGGCAGACGCCCCUCUCCCCAUCCCAGUCUUGUGCCAGCAAGAAUGGGAUGGACACAGCUGAAUGGGAGAGCCAUCCUUUACUACCCCCCUACACUCGGCUCCCAGAUGUAGGGCAGGAGGGGGCACGCUCCUGGCUGCUGCAGAGACUCCUGGCUGUUUGGGUGACCUAGACAGUGAGACGGGGGCAGGAGGGGAUCGCUCCACUGCUGAGUGGGGGGUCUCUUUCCACAAGAGCUCCCUGCCCAAGGCCACAGCCAUCCCAUUCUCUGCUUCCCUGAGAUUCAAACCAAAGCCUGUUUUUCUAUAUUUAAAAAUUAAAAAGUAAAAACCAAACAGAACACCUCACAAGUUGUAACACUUGGUCCUUCUCUCUCUCUCGCUCUCGCCCCUUUUCUCUUCCUUCCAUUUUUCUUUCCACAAGUCCUCUCCUUAUUGGCUCUUUUGCCUCCUACUUUUCUCACUCCCUAUCAGGGAUAAUUCAGGGGGCUGGUAAAGGGUUGGUUAAGGAACAGACCCUGGGAUUGGGGCUCGUAAGGGCUCUCAGAGAGUCUGCCUUAUCCUGUUACGGGAAGGGAGACCCUGAACACUUCCUUCUCCCUGCUCCCCCAGUCUGUGGUCUCCCCAAGAGAACCAGAUUGUCAGGGAGGGACACUGUGGGUAGAUUGUGUCUCCUUGACAAUGUAGCAAUAAACAGAUGCUGCCAAGGGCAGGGGGGCAGGGGGCCACGUGGGAGGAGUGUGGCCUCUGGAGAAGGGGAGAGUCUUCUUGAGAGCACCCCCAGGGAACUAGCUCCUUGUUUCAGAGGUCAGCAGACUUGAGAUUCUUCUCUGGGGUUCCCCUCAACCCUCCUGGUUAUCGAGCCCCUUCCCAUGAGCCCUGCCCUCACCGCCUCUUCUGCGUCUGCUGUGUGUUUGGUGACACCUCACAAGACUAGUCCCUUCUGGGGUAUCGGAGCCUUGGGGUGCCCCGUCCCCUCCCCGUCAGUUCUGGCACCUGUAACCUCCUGGAACAUGAAGGACUGUGCUCUGAGGCCAUGCUCUGAGCCCGUGAGAGCAGAGACUGGAAGGGCGAGCCCAGGUGCUACGGAGGGGAGAGAAGGGCACUCUGUCUCUCCAGACCAUCACUGCACUUUAACCAGGGUCUUAGGUACAAAAUCCUGCUUUCCAGAGCCUGCCAGCUCUGGAACCUCAAACAUCCUCAUGCUCUCUCCUAGCUCCUUUUGCAUAAAAAAAGAAAAAAAAAAAGUAAGAAAAAGAAAAAACACACAUUGAAACCCACAUGGAGAAAAGAGGUGUUUUCCUUUUAUAUUGAUAUUUAAAAUCAACACCACACAAAAACAUUUCUAAAUAGACACUUUUCCAGACCUUUGUUUUUUCGUGUCAGUGUCCAAGCUGCGGAUGCGAUUUUGUAAUACUUCUGGCAGCUUCUUUCCUUGUGUACAUAAUAUAUAUAUAAUAUAUAUUUUUGAUCAGAAGUUAUGAGAACAAAAAGAAAAAAUAAAACACAGAAGUAAGUGCAAUACCACCUCUCUCCUCCCUCUGCCAGGGUUUCAUUUGUAGCCUCUGCUGGGUGUCUCCUUGGAUCUUACCCCUUCACCUCCUCCUCUUCCUCUGGGGCCCCCUCCCUCCUUUUUUUUUUUUUUUAAAGAGUUUUUCUCCUUUCUCAAGAGGAGUUAAACUAGCUUUUGAGACUUACUGCAAAGCAUUUUGUACAUGUGAUAUACUGUAAGUAAAUAUUUGUGUAACGGAGAUAUACUACUGUAAGUUUUGUACUGUACUGGCUGAAGGUCUGUUAUAAAUAAACAUGAGUAAUUUAACACC